AUGUCGGAAGAGCUCAAGGACGAAGUCGAGGCAAUCAAUUCCAUCUACGGCGAUGGCUGCCUCGUCGAGUCGCCGGAUGGGCAGCAUGUCUACAUUCUUUCCCCUCCCGGAGAAGCCUCUUCUCUACGCAUCGAGUUUCCUCCUUCUUACCCGGAGGAGCCUCCAGCCGUGAUUGGCACAAACAGCAGUGGCGCGCAAAGUCGCAAGGGUGACGCCGCUCGCGAGCUGGCUCUCUUCCGCCAGGCCGUCGGCACAGUGUUCCAACCCGGCACUGUCUGUCUUUUUGAUGCCAUCGAGGAGCUCAGCAGGUUGCUCGAGGAGCUGGCGCCAGAGGAACCAGAAUCGCCGAUCCGAGCAGGGACAGCUGCCGAACUCCAGGAUCUAGACCAUCAGCAACAAGAAGCUACCGAGUUGUCACAGCCGCCUCCGUGGACCAUUUCCGACCCCACGAUCGAGCUCAAGUCUGUUUUUGUUGCGCGCUGUGCCAAGGUGUCUUCGACUGAGCAGGCAGCCGCCUUCGUCCAGCACCUGCUGGCCAGCGACAAGAAGAUCCGGUCGGCCACGCAUAACAUUACCGCCUGGCGCAUCAAGGGGGCCAAGGGCGCGACUUUCCAGGACUGUGACGAUGACGGCGAGACGGCAGCGGGCGGGCGGCUACUGCACUUGAUGCAGUUGAUGGACCUCUGGGAUGUCAUGGUGGUCGUCACGCGCUGGUACGGCGGCCACCAUUUGGGCCCACGGCGCUUUGCCCUCAUCAACCAGGCCGCACGUGAUGCUUUCGUCAAGGCCGGCUUUGUUGACGACAGCAAGACGUCUGGCGGCAGCAAGAAGGGGUCCGGCAAGUGA